AUGCGCAGAGCCGACAUCCACGCGGACCAAUCGACUUUUGCGAGCAUAUUGAACGCCUCAGCAAACUUAGCCUUGAUUUCAUUGGGGAAGCAACUGCACGCACAUGUGAUAAUUGCUCGAUUUGAGUCCAACAUUUAUUGCGGGAGUGCCCUCUUGGACAUGUACGCAAAAUGCGGAUCGUUCAAGGACUCGGCCGCGAUUUUUGGAAGCAUGCCUGAGAGGAACGGCAUCUCUUGGAACGCGAUGAUCUCAGCGUAUGCAAAGGAUGGGGAUGCCGAGGCCACUUUUCGCUCGUUCGAGGAGAUGGCGAAUCCGGGCUUCAGGCCCGAUCACAUCAGCUUCCUCUCAGUGUUAACCGCUUGCAGCCAUAACGAACGAGUGGAUGAGGCUCUUAGGUAUUUCGACACGAUGACUCAGACUCAUGGGCUCGUCCCGCGAAAAGAGCACUACGCGUCCCUGGUCGACGUGCUCUGCCGGCGGGGUCGAUUUGCAGAAGCCGAGGACUGGAUGGACCGGAUGCCGUUCGAGCCCGACGUGGUCCUCGGUUUUGAACUCAUGCAGGAUCCACAAGAAUCAGGAGUUUGCAAAAAGGGCGGCCUGUGA